AUGCACCCAGCGUCCGGUGUCCUCCUCGUGGCCGCCCUCGCCCUCCUGCACCGUGCCGGCGUGGCCAGGCACCUGCCCGGGACCGCGUCCGAGCCGGGACCGCGCCCGUGCCUCCGCCGCUCGCAGGGCCUGCUGCAGGCCGUCGACCUCACGCUUCGGACGGCCAGACAAAUCCUGGAGCUUUACCCUUGCACUGCAGAAGAGAUUGAUCAUGUAGACAUCACAAGGGACAGGACCAGUACGGUGACGGCCUGCCUGCCCCCAGAGCUCAUCAAGAACGGGAGCUGCCUGGUUUCUGGAGAGACGACUGUCCUGAUUAAGGGGAGUUGCCUGGCCGCCGCAGAGCCGUCUGAGAACAUGACCCUGUGCCUGAGCAGCAUCUACGAGGACUUGAAAACGUACCGGGUGGAGUUCCGGGCCUUGAAAGAGCAGCUGUGGAUGGACCCCGAGAGGCAGAUCUUUCUAGCUACAGACAUGCUGGAGCCCAUGGAUGCCCUGAUGCGGGCUCUGAAUUCCGGCAGCGAGGUGGCGCCGCAGCAACCCUCCUUGGAAGAGCCCAAUUCCUAUAAGAUGAAGAAGAAGCUCUGCAUCCUCCUCCAUGCCUUCAGAAUCCGCGCGGUCACCAUCGACAGAGUGAUGAGCUACCUGAGCGCCUCCCAGUAGGACGCGGCUCCGCCCCUGCAGAGUGACCCUGGAUAAGCUGUUCUGUACUGAAGUAGCCAUGGCAACAGACACUCCCUAUUAUUUAACAGUAUUUAUUGAUCUAUUGAUAUUCAGGAGAGCGUGAACUAACUUAUAUUUAUUUAUAUUCUAUUUAUUAUAAUGUAUUUAUCC